AACCAUUCUUCGACGACUCUAGUAUACAUGAUUUUUUACAUCUUAUCUAGCAUGACCCUCAUGCUUCUAUCUCAGAUACUCAACUUUCCUUUCUACAAAAUUUGCCUGCCAUGAAAAUUCCACUCUUUACAAAAGUUUUCUUAGUACCUUUUCUCAGUAUCUUAGUUGGGUUCGGCAUAAUUUCAGUUUCAAGCCAAUGUCUUGCCGAUCAGAAAUCAUUGUUGCUUCAGGUCAAAAGAAAUCUCAUAUUUAACCCGAGCUUAUCUACCAAGCUGGUUCAAUGGAAUCAGAGUACAGAUUGUUGUUCUUGGGAAGGUGUGACUUGCAACACAAGUAGUAAUUCAGCGCAUGUUAUUGAGCUAGACUUGAACAACGAGUCCAUCUCUGGUUGUCUACAAAACAGCACUCUGAGAAGCCUUUCUGGUCUCCAACAUCUAGAGAGAUUGAACCUCGCUUUUAACAACUUCAAUUCUUCACAGUUUCCUGCCGGUAUAUUCAGUCUCACCAAUUUAAAAUAUUUGAAUUUGUCAACUUCCGGUUUCAGUGGAGAGUUUCCAAGUUCCAUUGUGAAUCUUACUCAACUUGUUUAUCUGGAUUUCUGGACCAACAAUUUUUCUGGUACAAUUUCUUCCAUUCACUUUGAAAAUCUUGUCAAUUUGGAAUAUAUCGAUCUAGGAUUGAAUUCAUUGAGUGGGACUGUUCCAUCAAGUUUAUUUGCUCUCCCAUCACUACGGAAGCUUUUCUUCUCUUAUAACAACUUUCAUGGUUCACUGCCUAACUUUACAGAUACAGACUCUUCUCAAUUGGAUACGUUGUAUGCAGGUUGGAACAAUCUGAGUGGAUCAGUUCCCAAUUCCUUGUUUGAUCUUAAGAGUUUUAGCCGUUUAACUCUGUCUCAUAACAAACUUACCGGGGAAUCUAAGCUACAAAAUCUCCAUAGACUGAAAAAUCUCACAUAUUUCAACCUCUCAUUCAACAACCUGUCACUAGAUCCAAGGCAUGACAAUUCAAGCAGUUUCUUGCCUCCUCUGCUUAAAGAAUUGAAGUUGGCUUCUUGCAGACUUCAAGAGUUUCCUGAUCUGAGGCACCUCCCUAGUCUAAUCACUCUAGACCUUGCACAGAACCAAAUUUCUGGAGAUAUACCAAACUGGAUCUGGAAUAUAGGAAAUGGAGGUCUACAAUACUUAAAUCUGUCAGUAAACCAGCUUGAGAAACUUCAAGAGCCUUAUGUUAUUCGUAAUCUAAUUUGGAUCGACCUGCGCUCCAACCACCUACGUGGGAAAAUACCACUACCACCAAAAAAUGUUUACUUUUUAGAUUACUCCAAUAAUUUCUUCAGUUCAAGAAUCCCUACUACUAUUAACCUCACUGCUGCCAUAUUCUUUUCACUUUCAAGCAAUAGACUUAGUGGUACAAUUCCUGCCUCAAUAUGUAGUGCUACUAACCUACAGCUUCUAGAUUUGUCCAAUAAUUAUCUAAGUGGUAAUGUACCAUCAUGUUUAUUUGAAUUUAGCGAUACUCUAGGCGUACUGAGACUAGGAAAUAACAGUCUUACUGGAAAUAUUUCUGGAAUAUUUGGGAAUGACUGUGGUUUAGAAACUAUAGAUCUAAGUGGGAACCUCUUAGAAGGGCAUGUUCCAGAAUCUUUAGCAAACUGUGCCAAUUUGGAGGUGUUAAACCUUGGGAACAACCGGCUAAAUGAUAGCUUUCCAUGCUUUCUAAAAGACUCUCCACGUUUGCAUGUCCUUUCUCUGCACUCCAAUGCAUUCCAUGGGGUGAUCACGUGUCAAGAGAGAAAUGGAAGUUGGGAAAAUCUUCAAAUUUAUGAUAUAGGCUCUAAUUACUUCACAGGGAAUCUGUCACAGAACUUCCCUGUUUGGAAGGCAAUGAAGGAUGGUAGGAAUGAUGUCAAUGUCUUGGGCUUUGAGUUUCCUAGUUUUGGCAAUUUACGCAAGACUUACCAAGAUGCUGUGACAAUCAACAUCAAAGGGAAACGGUUGGAGCUGGUCAAGAUCUUGAAUAUUUUCACGUCCGUUGAUAUCUCAAACAAUCAUUUUGAAGGGAAUAUACCAGACACGAUUGGUGAGCUUACAUCACUGGUCUCUCUUAAUUUGUCACAUAAUUCAUUAUCAGGCUCAAUCCCAAAAUCAGUUGGAACCCUGAAACUGCUGGAAACAUUAGAUCUUUCGAUGAACAAGCUUACCGGGAAAAUCCCAGUAGAGUUGGGGGAAAUCUCAUUUCUUGAAGUCUUGGACUUGUCAGAUAAUCAACUCACUGGAAAAAUCCCUACAGGCAGCCAAAUUCAGACCUUUUCAGAGGCUUCUUUUCAAGGUAACAAAGGAUUAUGUGGACCGCCAUUGCAUAUAAACUGCAACAGAAUUCCAGUUAUAACAGCUUACGACGAUGGGGACCUUGGUGACACCAUAGAGUGGGAGUUCGUUGCCCCUGAAGUUGGCUUUGCUGUUGGCUUGGGCAUUGUCAUACUGCCCCUCAUGUUUUACAGUAGAUGGAGGUCCUUUUACUACAAACAUGUAGAUAAUUUUCUUUUCAAGUUUUUUGGAAUCAGACACCAAAAGAAGAACAUUCAUGGUAGAAUAAGAAGCCAAGGCAGCAGAAUUCAGAGAGCAGGGAGCUAAGUUUGGAAGUUAAAACCACACAUGCUUUUCAGCUGCAUUGUUAUAUAAGUUUAAAUAAAUACCAAAGAGAUGGUGAAAUUUGUAUUUACUUUUCUUUUUUGGAUAAUGUAUGCGCGUGUACAAUUUUUUAGAGCUUGAUGCAUCAA